AUCAGAUCUGGUUUGAACUCACCUUUCUUGAAGAAACUGACCAACACUAUAGGCAGAAUUCCAGAAAUGGAAAAACUGGUUGCUUGUGUACAAAAAAAGCCAAAUGCUCUUUGUAGACUGAUUUGCUUUCCAUGGUCUGGAGGUGGAACUUCACAACUUGCUCACUGGGGCAGACUCUUCAAUGACUCAAUUGAAGUGCUCUGCAUAAGGCCUCCUGGAAGAGAAACUCGUCUUGGGGAGCUUUUUCCAAAAGACAUGACAAGCUUUGUUAAUGAAAUUACAAGUGUUUUGUUAAAAGACUUGAAAGAAAAACCAUUUGCACUUUUUGGUCACAGUCUUGGAACUUACACAAGUUUUGCUGUUGCGCUUCAUUUGAAAGAAAAGUAUGGACUGGAGCCAGUCCAUCUUUUUGUGUCAUCAGCACAUGCCCCAAAUUCUGCAGCACAUCUUGCCAUCAAAAGCAUAGGUGUACCUGAUACAAACAGUGAACUUCUUGCAUAUGUGGGGAUGCUAGGAGGAAAUUUUGAGCUUCCACCUAAUGAAGACAUUAGGAGAAAUAUAGCACUAACUUUCAGAAGAGAUGCUGAACUUUUUAUGACAUUUUCAUUUGAGAAGACAGACAUGAAUACCCCUUUCUCCUGUGAUAUUACCUGCUUUAGUGGGUCUGAUGAUAAAAUAUAUGAUGUACAAGGUUGGCAAGAACUAACAGAUGGAGAUACUGCCUUUUAUGAGCUUCCUGGAGAUCACUUUUAUCUGCUGAAACAGUCUAAUGAAAGUUUCUUGAUAAAACACAUCACAAGAUGCAUAGAAAAUGCUGGUCUAUGA